CGAUUGGCUGAGAGAGCCGUCAGUCGUGGCGCAGCGCGUGGCGAUUAGUCCGCGGGACACAGUGGGCAGGCACAGGGAGGCGGAAGCCAGAGGGACCCGGAUGUGAGCGCGGCCCAUGGAGGGGGCAGGACCCCCGGAGCCCCCCAGCCAUGGAUGACCUGAACCUGCACUUCAGGUUCCUCAACUGGCGCCGGCGCAUCCGGGAGAUCCGGGAGGUGCGGGAGGGCCGGGACCGGGAUCGGGACCGAGAUCGGGGCCUGCGCUGCCAGGAACGGGCCCGGCACAUUCUGGUGGACGGGGACACCCUAAGCUACCGCGGCCCGUCGGGAGAGGUCGGCUGUUACGUGGCCCCGCGGCCGCUGACCCGCGACAGCAACUACUUCGAGGUGUCCAUCGUGGACAGCGGCGUCCGCGGCACCAUCGCCGUGGGGCUGGUCCCGCACUGCCACAGCCUCGAGCACCCCCCGGGAUGGGGGCCCGGCUCCGUCGCCUACCACGCCGAUGAUGGAAAGCUCUACAGUGGCCGGGCCAAGGGGCGCCAGUUUGGCUCCAAGUGCAGCUCCGGGGACCGGAUCGGCUGCGGUGUCGAGAGGGGCUCAUUCGGAGCCCCCCCAGCCCAGGUUUUCUUCACCAAGAACGGCCAGAGGGUUGGGGGUCUGGGGGUGCCACUGUCUCCCCCAGGGCUGUUCCCAGCCGUGGGGCUGCACUCGCUGGGCGAGGAGGUUCGGCUGCACCUGCCCCCCCCCGGGCCCCCCGAGGAUGAGGGAGGGGCCAUGCUGGUGGACAGCCUGGAGGAGGAGUGGGGGAGGCUCCACGACGUGCGGCUCUACGGCUCCGUGUUGGAGUACGUGGGGAAGGGGAAGAGCAUUGUGGAUGUGGGGCUGGCCCAGGCCCGGCGGCCGCUCAGCCCCCGCAGCCACUACUUCGAGCUGGAGAUCCUGGACCCGGGCGAGAAGUGCUACAUAGCCCUGGGCGUGGCCAGAAGGGAUUACCCCAAAAAUCGUCACCCUGGCUGGAGCAGGGGCUCGGUGGCCUACCACGCGGAUGAUGGAAAGCUGUUCCAUGGCAGCGGGGUCGGGGAUCCCUUCGGCCCCCGCUGCUACAAGGGCGACGUGAUGGGCUGUGGGAUCAUGUUCCCUCGGGACUACGGCCGGGACAGCGAAGGUGACAGCGAUGACGCCUCGGAGCCCCCCGAAGUGAAAGUGAAGGUGCGCAACGUGAUGUACCUGGAGGAGGAGGAGGAGGAGGAGGAGGAAGAGGAGGAGGAAGAAGAGGAUGGGGAGGACAUGGAGCAGGAGCAGGAGGGCAGGAAGGUCGUGGUGUUCUUCACACGGAACGGGAUGGUCGUGGGGCGCAGGGAGGUUGGGGUCCCCCCUGGGGGGCUCUUCCCCACCGUGGGGAUGCUCAGCACUGGCGAGAGGGUCAAGGUGGACCUGCACCCCCUGAGCGGAUAAAGGGGGGACCUGCGUGGGGUCCCCCAAAACCUGAAACCCUGCAGUGCUCCUGGUGCCCCCUGAGCCCUCCCAGUGCACUUUAGGGGGUUUCCACAGCAGUGGAGACCCCCCCAAGGUGGUUUUUAGGGGGUUCACUCCUGCGCCCACCCCCAUAAUUUCACUCUUAUGGGGCCUCUUUGUGGGGGGUUCCCCUAAUUGAAUCCCCUCUCAAAAGUACCCCAGUGUUGCCCCCCUAGAUGGUUUUUGGGGGGUCUCAGCCAUGGCCCCCCCAUUUUUUGGGGACCCAUUCCUGCCCCACCCCUGUGUUUUUGGGGGACUCAAUCCUGACCCCUCCAAUCAGCUCAGUGACUCCCCCAGGUAGAUUUGGGGGUCUCAGUCUUGCCCCUUCCACAAUGGGUGACCCUUGUGCCUCCCCCAGAGCCCCCCAAAUCACCCCCUUGGCCCUCCCCAGCCCACCCAACCCCUCCCACUCCAUGCCCCACCCAGUGCCCCCCAAAUCACACCUGCGUCCCCUCAUCUCUUCCAGCGCUCCCUCUUCUUGGGGGGUUCCAGGGGGCAGAAUUUGGGGUUUCCUCAUCAUGAAUGUAACCAGGCCCUUCCAAUUCCAUGGAACCCCCAGAGUCCCCAGCUCUGUGCUGGGGGCUAGUUUUGGGGUCCCCUUUGACGUUUGCACAUGGUGGGUGGGGGUCCCCAUGCCACCCACCCCCCCCAAAUAAACCCAUUUCUUACACCAAAAUAAA